UUCAGUCACUUCAGUUCCCACACGUUUCCUCCUGUAUUUAUCUCGAGUUGUUGUGUUUUUAUCGUCAGUUCUAUACAGAAAACAAAAGUAUUAUCAGAGUUUCUCAGCAGGAAUUAAACUACCGAGCGGCUGAGCUCAGACACCGAGCUGACGGAGCCAUGCUCCUGGUGGACCCCGGCCUGUUAAUCGGCACUGCGGCCGACCUGAACGACCCGCAGGUUUUGGCCGACGCAGCCGUCACUCACAUCCUGUCCGUGGACUCUGUGGACCCCGUCGCUCUGGCUCCUGCUGUCGGGGACUUUCGCAGGAAGUGGGUCAACGUUCUGGACGAGCCGACCUCUGACCUCCUGAGUCACAUGGACGACUGCUUCCUGUUCGUCCAGGAGGCCGUGGAGGGGGGCGGGGCUGCACUCGUUCACUGCCAGGCAGGUCGAAGUCGCAGCGCCACCAUCGUUACUGCGUAUCUGAUGAAGAAACACCAGCUGAGCUUCACUGAGGCUUACAGCAGACUGAAGACUGUUAAACAGGACGUACAGGUCAACCCUGGUUUUGAGGAUCAGUUGUGUCUGUACGAGGCCCUGCAGUGUGUCGUGGAUACCUCCAACCCUCUGUACAAACAGUACAGACUGAUCAAGAUCACUGAGAAGUACCCAGAGUUGCAGCAUGUCCCCAGGGAGCUGUUUGCUGUUGACCCCGCCCUCUCCAGCUCCUCUGAAGUGUCGUAUCGCUGCAGGAAGUGCAGGCGGACUCUGUUCCGGGGCUCCAGUAUUCUGAGUCACUCAGUGGGAGAAGGAGCUCCAGCCUUCGGCCACAAGAAGUCCACCAACCUCUCUGGUGAGAAAACAAACAAUGACGUGCAGUGUACGUCGUACUUCACUGAGCCGGUUCAGUGGAUGGAGCCGUCUCUGCUGGGAGUCAUGAGUGGACAGCUGCUGUGUCCUAAGUGCAGCUCUAAGCUGGGCUCCUUCAGCUGGAUUGGUGAUCAGUGUUCUUGUGGUCGUUGGGUCACUCCGGCCUUCCAGCUGCACCGCAACAGAGUGGACGAGAUCCGACAACUCAACAUACACAAAUAACACACACACACACACACACACACACACACACACACACACACACACACACACACACACACUAUGAAUGCAGUGUCUACUACACCAAAGACUCAAAUAUUCAAGAAAAUGAACAUCAUCUUGUUAUUGCAGGAUUUGUGUGACAGUGUCAAGUCAAACCGUUUUCUACAGACAAUAAUAAUAAAUGUAUAUUUGAUAUUGAUAUUUUUAUAAAAAUGUAAAAAGGGUUUGUGUGUUAGAGAAUAUUCCCCUGGAUUUUCAUCUCCUCUUUCCAGAGCUUCAGGUUCAUUUCCGAACAUUCUUUCACUGGCCUGUAGAGCAGUAGUUCUCAACCUUUUUGAGUCGCGACCCCCAAUUUAACAUGCAUGUUGUCUGUGACCCCCGCUCACUCAACAGAAUUUCACGCGCACAGUUCAGAUAAAAAAAAGACACG